AACAGGACCGCGUCUCUUCUACCCUGAGGACAUGGCACUGAAUGUGGAGUCUUCCCUCUUCCUGGUCUUCUCUCUCCUGGAUUUCCUGCCGGUCCUGUGUAUGUCCAGCGCCCUGUGCCCUCACACCGCCUUCUACCACGACUGCUGGAUCAGACGCUUCCCUGGACUCUUCCUCAGCUUCUCUGUCUCUGAGCAGCGAGGUGCCCGGGUACUGCAGAGGCACCCAGAGCCGUCUGCCCACCUCUGCAGCCGCAAGUGCUGCGACCAAGAGUCUUGUAAUGUCGCCGUCUUCUACGCGGAGGUGAGCGUCGGGACCAUCAACUGCCACCUUGUGCACUGCCCGCAUCCUGACAGCUGCCUUGUCCAGGUACACGAGCGCAGUAUUCUGUUCACCGUAACAGCCGGUGUUGAUCCAGACCUGCUGGUGUUCGAAAAAUUGGGUCAUGUGGACUUUAACCUGCGGUCAUCUUUGAAAUGGAAUCGAGUGAACAUAUCGCAGACACACAGCUCCUCUGCUCCCACCUCUCCGCAGGUGCAUCCAACCGAGGAGCGCCACACGAACCAAGCAUCUUCUUCGCCAUAUAUAGUCUCCACUCCUUCACCUGCUGACUCCUCCCCUGAGGAAUCACCUACUCAACCACCCUCCCCUGCAGACUCUCCCCUCCGAUCCUUCCCCCCCACUCUCUACCCGCCCCAGACUCCUUCACACCUUGUGUCUGAGAGUGCUCGAUACUCCCCAUCAGGGGACAGGUCACAUGUCGGAGGGGAACUUGGCACCAAAGAUUUCCUGCCCUCCUCUCCACCUCUGGGAAAGCCAAUGACAGAUGUUGAAAGCCCAGCGCACCUGGACAGCAGCAAGCAACAUCUCAACGAGACCAAAGGCCACGUUGGAAGGAACCACAGCUCUGAUGCAGAAGGGGAGGACACAGGAGACCUUUCGACUAACCUUUGGGCUCUUCCGGUUCUUAUUGGUUCUGCGGUAACUUUAUUAUGCUGUUGCUCAGGAAUUCUGGCACUUGGGUGUUGCCGAAUGAGACGCAGAGGGCGGUACAAGCCUGGGAGAGCUCGUAGCACUGCCAGAGGGACUCUGAUUAGGUGGACUCUACUUAAGGACAAGGACUGACACUGUUGCCAAAAAGGUGAGUGCUGGCCUUUGGCCAAUGCUCCACAUCUCCCCCU